GCCAAUCACAGCACUACAUGGCGAGCCAAUCAGAGCAGAGGAUAGGCAGCCGGCUCGGUUGUCGUGGUAACGGUACGACGACGCGUUCAAACAACAUGGGUCCGAAACAGGGAGCGAUGGAGAACGGCGUACGCAUGAAGGAGGAUCCAGUCACGGAGGGAGACCCGGCUACGGAAGGGGUCCCGCUCUCGGACGACGGUCCGGUCUCUGAAGGGGACCCGCUCUCGGAGGACGGUGCGGUCGCCGAGGCAGACCCGGUCACGGACUGGCCUAUGUGCCGCCGCCGCCGCCGGGAAAUGGUGCGGACUCACUUCUUCAAAAUGGCCUCGACGACGUUCGGGUUCCCCAGAUGUAAGCUGAGGGUCAGCACCGCGAUGAGGGCUCCGGAGCGGGCCCAGCCUCGGCUUCCCGCGCGGCUGCCGGCGGACCAAUCCCUGCAGGAGGUGGCGGAGGUGGAGGAGGCGGCGGCGGCACGCUCAGGCUUGGAGGCGGGGGGCUGGAAUGAGGCCGAGUACACCGAGUGGCUGUCUGCCAGGAAGCGGCAGCGAGCCGAGCUGCAGGUCAUGGAGAAUGUGCGGAGGUGGAUCAACAGCAAACUCUCCGCCAACGACCUGGAGCUCCGCGUCCUCGAGUCACUGGAGAGGCAGCAGCGGGCGUCCAGGCACAAAGACAGCCUGGGCUUGAGUGAGCCCACCCCAGUCGAGAUAAACACUUCGCAGAAAGAAAUGGAAUUGAGCUCAUUUUAUGACAUUGGUUUGAUGAUGAAUUUAUCCUCUCUGGAGCCAGAGGAACUACUUAAGGAAAAUUGGGAUCAAGAACAGCGGAGAUCAGAGGACAUCUUCUCAAGCAGUAAAACAGAACAAAAAGAGAAACAUUCACAAGAUGUCUUCACGCAGUUUGACAAGGACAAACUGCAUCACAUGGAUUUGAUGGGAAAAUGUCUGCUUGUGAGAGGAGAGAAGCGUACCAUAGCCUGUCAUUCACUACCGACUACAAUAGCUGGAGAGAUGGGAAAGGCAAACAAUGUGCAUAGGCAACGCUGCCUUGAGGAAUAUAAGAAAAUCCUGAAAAUGUGCCAAUACUAUGGCAUCUCUUUUACUGAAAGAAUGCUUGAGAAAGCUUUACUUCAUCCUGGAGACAAAUUGAAAAUGGAGCCAGGUUUGAAAUUAAGGCCUCCUGGGACUGGCUUGUUACCUAAUCAUGAAGUGGAAAAAUGGGUCUCCACCAGACGGCUUAUCGCUUUGGAACAACUUAAUCGACAGUUGGCUGAAAAAAAAGGUGAAAUUCAGAGGGAGUCGAAGCUUGAAAACAUUACCGUGAAGAAUGUCAGUCAAGAAACAAAGCUGAGGAAAGGUCACAGGAAAAAGAAGGGCAGCAGAACUCAUGCACCCAGCAACAAGAAACAACACAUGACAUUCGACGAUUAUGUGAAGUUCAAAAGAAAGUUGAAGGUGAAGGCGCAGUCAGUGCCAGGCCUGACCGCCAGUGCUCAGGCCAACCCAUAUGCCUUCUGGCCUGGCCAUCUAUUGGACAAAGUGCGCAUGUACCUUCCAUAUGCCACGUUAGAACACCAAGAAGUAUUCUUCAGUAACACGCAUCAAGAUGCAAGGCUCAGUCCCUAUCGCUACUACAGCAACAAUAGCUGGCCCAUCAGUAAACAGGGAUAUCUUACAUAUGGAGACAUAGACAUGCACAAGCGCUACUGGCUGUGAUCCACCAGUGUGCCUUUGCACAGGAUCUGCGAUUUUUUUCCCAGGAACUGUUCGACAUUUGGAAAAUGCAGAAAACUGUUAAUUCCUUCCUGUAGUAAAAAAAUGAGUUGUACAAAUUCUUCAAAGUUGUUAAAGAAUUUUAAAAGUCUGUGCGCAGAUAGAAAGUACAGGACUUUUACUUUGGUCAGAAAACUUUUAAAUUUUUAUCCCCGAAAUGAACAAGUAUGGUCACUAAGUACACUUAAUCUUGUGACAGGAAAACAGCUUAAAUCAAUUACAAUGUUUUAUUCGCAUUUCCAUCACAUGUUUGUUUCUCAUGUUUACUAACUACAAGUGUUCCCAUUAGUUAAUCAAAGGUGGACUAGGGGAUGCGCUCUGAUUAAAUUGCUCCAUGAGGCAAAACAUCCUUUCAACAUCCAUCCUACCAUGUCCCAUCAAUACAAUCACUUUCAGUCAUCUGAAAUCCAAUGUGCAGUGGCCCAACCUAUUCAUCCCAAACGUUUGUUGAGUGAAUCUUCUCUGAAUUGGUUAUUAAGUUAAUUAAAUACUUUCUUGGCUAAGGGAAACAAAACGAUGCAUGUUAUUUGAGUUGUGGUCUAACUAAUGCCCUGUAAAAGUGUAACACAUCUUCUCUACUUUUAUACUUGAUUCUCCUUGGAAUAGAGGCCAACGUUCAUUUCCUUCCUAAUUAUUUGCUGUACCUUGUUAAAAAUCCUCACUGAUUUUUCAAUAUUUUUAUUUUACUCUCUUAUCAGUUUUGGUUUGGACCUGUGAAAUGUGAGCUCAAGAUGACCUUUGGACAGAAGGUAGCACUUGUAUUAAAACAAAUUGUUACUUGUU